UCGUUCCCGAUUCUUGCAGAUGCCUGAGGAAGUGCACCAUGGAGAGGAGGAGGUGGAGACCUUUGCCUUUCAGGCGGAGAUCGCCCAACUCAUGUCCCUCAUCAUCAAUACCUUCUAUUCUAACAAGGAGAUUUUCCUUCGGGAGUUGAUCUCUAAUGCUUCUGAUGCCUUGGACAAGAUUCGCUAUGAGAGCCUGACAGACCCUUCCAAGUUGGACAGUGGAAAAGAGCUGAAAAUCGACAUCAUCCCCAACCCUCAGGAGCGCACCCUGACUCUAGUGGACACAGGCAUUGGCAUGACCAAGGCUGAUCUCAUCAAUAAUCUGGGAACCAUUGCCAAGUCGGGUACCAAAGCAUUCAUGGAGGCUCUGCAGGCUGGUGCGGACAUCUCCAUGAUUGGGCAAUUUGGUGUUGGCUUUUAUUCUGCCUACUUGGUGGCAGAGAAAGUGGUUGUGAUCACAAAACACAAUGAUGAUGAGCAGUACGCCUGGGAGUCUUCUGCUGGGGGCUCCUUCACUGUCCGUGCUGACCAUGGUGAGCCCAUUGGCCGGGGAACUAAAGUGAUUCUGCACCUCAAAGAAGACCAGACAGAGUACCUAGAGGAGAGGCGAGUCAAAGAAGUAGUGAAGAAGCACUCUCAGUUCAUUGGCUACCCCAUCACCCUCUAUCUGGAGAAGGAACGGGAGAAGGAAAUCAGUGAUGAUGAAGCCGAGGAAGAGAAAGGUGAGAAAGAAGAAGAAAAGGAUGAGGAAGAGAAGCCCAAGAUUGAAGAUGUGGGCUCAGAUGAGGAGGAUGAUAGUGGUAAGGACAAGAAGAAGAAAACCAAGAAGAUUAAGGAGAAGUACAUUGACCGGGAAGAACUAAAUAAGACCAAGCCCAUUUGGACCAGAAAUCCUGAUGAUAUCACCCAGGAGGAGUAUGGAGAAUUCUACAAGAGUCUUACUAAUGACUGGGAAGACCAUUUGGCAGUCAAGCACUUUUCUGUAGAAGGGCAGUUGGAAUUCAGGGCAUUGUUGUUUAUCCCUCGCCGUGCUCCCUUUGACCUCUUUGAGAACAAGAAGAAAAAGAACAACAUUAAGCUUUAUGUCCGCCGUGUGUUCAUCAUGGACAGCUGUGACGAGUUAAUCCCAGAGUAUCUCAACUUCAUCCGUGGUGUGGUCGACUCGGAGGACCUGCCCCUCAACAUCUCCCGAGAGAUGCUCCAGCAGAGCAAGAUCCUGAAGGUCAUCCGCAAGAACAUUGUCAAGAAGUGCCUGGAGCUCUUCUCUGAGUUGGCAGAAGACAAGGAGAACUACAAGAAAUUCUAUGAGGCUUUCUCCAAAAACCUGAAGCUUGGCAUCCAUGAGGACUCCACCAACCGGCGGCGCCUUUCGGAGUUGCUGCGCUAUCACACCUCCCAGUCUGGAGACGAGAUGACUUCCCUCUCAGAAUAUGUUUCCCGGAUGAAGGAGACCCAGAAGUCCAUCUAUUACAUUACCGGUGAGAGUAAAGAGCAGGUGGCAAAUUCUGCUUUUGUGGAGCGUGUGCGCAAGCGGGGCUUUGAGGUGGUCUACAUGACGGAGCCGAUCGACGAGUACUGCGUGCAACAGCUCAAGGAGUUUGAUGGGAAGAGUUUGGUCUCUGUGACCAAAGAGGGGCUGGAGCUUCCAGAAGAUGAAGAAGAGAAGAAGAAAAUGGAGGAAAGCAAGGCCAAGUUUGAAAAUCUGUGCAAGCUCAUGAAAGAAAUUUUGGAUAAGAAGGUUGAGAAGGUGACAAUCUCCAAUAGACUCGUGUCUUCGCCCUGCUGCAUUGUGACUAGCACAUACGGCUGGACGGCCAACAUGGAGCGGAUCAUGAAAGCCCAGGCUCUUCGGGACAACUCCACAAUGGGUUACAUGAUGGCCAAAAAGCACCUGGAGAUCAACCCGGACCACCCCAUUGUGGAGACGCUGCGGCAGAAGGCUGAGGCUGACAAGAAUGACAAAGCCGUCAAGGACCUGGUGGUGCUGCUGUUUGAAACAGCACUGCUCUCCUCUGGCUUCUCCCUUGAGGACCCUCAGACCCACUCCAACCGCAUCUACCGCAUGAUCAAGCUUGGCUUAGGCAUUGAUGAAGAUGAGGUGACGGCCGAGGAGCCCAGCACUGCUGUUCCUGAUGAGAUUCCCCCCCUCGAGGGUGACGAAGACGUAUCUCGCAUGGAAGAAGUAGAUUAGGCCAUUCUGCUCUGAAACCUUGUGCCCUCUGUAUAGUGUCCCCAUGACAUGAGUGACCCUAGCCCACCUGGGCUCUGCAACUGCUGUUAACUAGUGGUCCCUCCCCCCUCCUGUUCUUGUGUGUAAAGCAGGAUCUAAGGCCCUCACGCCCUGUUGUCCCCUCCUUUAUUUGGGAAUGGGGUUAAUGUUGUGUAUCCGUGAGGUUUUUUUGUUUAUUUUGUUCUAUUAAAGUGUGCAAAAUAAAGAAGAUGCCAUUUUAUACAGUU